UCUCUCAUAACCUACCAUAACCUGCUGCAGCCGGCACCAUUAUAAGCAUGUUUUGUUAGAAGUAUCUUGUAUGUAAAUCUUAUAAUUAUUUAUAUUUAUCAAAAAAAUAAGAUUGAGAGAGAGAAGAGGAAAAAUCUGAGAAAUGUGAAAGUAUCGUAAUAUCAAAUACAACAAUGAGUAGUCAGAUAUGUGAAAAUGAACAAAGUCUUUGUAAUAAUAACGUGUCGGACCAUGUGGGAUUACAAGUGACUAUGCCUAUGAAAACAGAAAAUGUAUCUCCUAACAAGACAGCUAAUCUUCAAAAUGAUUGUAAAGAUAAAAAUUUGAAUAGUCCUGUGUCUAAUACUAUUUUAUCAUUUAAUGAAAGAGAAUUACAAGAUUUAUUGAAGAGCCCAUUUAAGAGUCCAAAAUAUAAUAACCAAGAAAAAUUCUUACAAUCUAGCAACACAACUCCAAUGAGCAAAGUAGGUUCACAAAAGAAAAGAAAAAAUAACGCAUGUGAUGACAAUGAUAUAUUAAAUUCAGAAUUAUAUGCAGAACAUUUUAAUGACUUUGAGGCAAUCGAUAUGUUACAUGAUUUAAAUUUUGUAGCACAUUUUGAGAAUACCAAACCAUCAGAUAUUUUGUUAUCCACAAUGAUAGAUGCUGAUACAAAUGCACAAGAAACUGAUGAAAACCUGAUAGAAAUAAAUAAGGACCCACUUAAAGAUCCUCUUUCUAUUAGUGAUCACGAAGAAAGAGAUAGUGAUACAACACUUACAAAAUCAAAAUCAAAGUAUUCAGUGCAAAAAAGAAGAUCGAUUCGUCUUUCUAAUAAACGAACUAAUAGUAAUACUACCAAUACUAAUACUAAUACUAACAAAUCUUUUAAAAAAUACAAAGGCAAAUUAAAUACAAAAGAGAAACAUCUUUUAGAAGAGUUAGAAAAUAUUGCAGAACAAGAAGAAUUCUCAUUAACUGUCAUAAAAAAAUUGCUGGUACUACAUAUAAAACUAAUACAUAAGGUGCCUCCACAACAUAAAAUAGAACUUACUGGAGCUCAUGCACCAACAAAAGAAGAGAAAAGAUUAUUUCAAAAACAUGGACCACUUCGAAGAGGUCCAUACUCUCCAGCAGAGGACAAAAUUAUCAGGAAGAACUGGAACACAUUUUGCGACCUUCAUAAUUGGGAUCCAAAAAUGAUUCAACCAUUUUUAUAUUGGAGGCAUAAUAUGAAAUAUUACAUAGAUAAUGUGCAAGAAAGACAAAGAUUUGUUCAAUUUUUGGCAAAUGGAUUACCAUGGCGGACUCUCUUUAGUGUUUACUCCAGAUUUAAAACAUUAUAUAACAAUAAAAUCACUUACACUCGAUAUACUUCAGAAGAAGAUGAAAAGAUUUUAAUGUAUAUACAGAAUAAACAUCUUAACGUACGUAAUACUAAAUAUAUUGAACUGGAAAAAUUAUUAAAACGAACAAGAAGAUCAAUUAUUAAACGAUAUCGAUUUCUUAAAAAGACUAAAAAUAAAUCAAAAAAUGAAUCAUCAGUAAACAUUAACUGGACAUUACCAUUGAUCAAGGAGUUCAUAGAAAAUUUACUCGAUGUAACGUUAAGUGAGGAUAUAGAAGAACUUAAAUAUGCUACACUGCCUAAAUCAGUGUGGCAGAAAUUGGAAGAAAAACUAAAUAUACACGAAACUGUUUUAAAAACAUUUUGGCAGCAUCAAUUGCAUUUACAAUUAUUUAGUACGGGUCCUAUCUACUUAAAUGAUAUUAAGAUAAAGUUAAUUGAAUAUAUGUAUGGAAAAGGAAUAUCAAAUACUCGUGAGAUUAUUUGGCCCAAUGUUGCACGGCAUUUUGAAGGAACAACUGCGGCAUUUCUCUGCAAAACUUUUUUCUAUCUCGUCCAAGAUUGUAAUCUGAACAACGUGGACAAUUUUGCAGAUGUUAUAGAAUAUUUGUAUCAUACUAAAAUUUCCGAAAUUCAAAAUGCUCUGAUGGAUAAAUUCUUACCUAAAAUUGUAUAUGAACAGGAAAACAUUUAUAUACUAAAUGAAAAAGGUGAUGCAGUCACAACUGAGUGAUUUUUAUACUGAUGAUUAAUUUGUAUUUUAUGUAUUACUUGUAUUACAGUUGAUACAUCUUUUAAUACUAUAAAUUACAGUACACUAUUUUUAUAUCUGAAAUAAUGUAUACUAAAAAUACAAUUAUGUCAUUCUAAAUUUACAUACUAUUUGAAAUAUAUUUUUAGAUUUGAAUUUUUAGAUAAGAAAAACACAAAUGCUAUUAUUAUGCAAAUACCUGUUUAAUUAAAAAAGUGAUACAGUGACUGAUAGAAAAGUCUCUGUAAUAACAUACAAAUAUCACAUAAAGUGUAACUUUUAUCCUUUUUCUCGUUGUCUUGAAAUAAAUUCACAUUUUACUUUUUC